CGCGAAUGUUCUUUUUUGACGCAAUUUCAAGGAUUUGUUUUUCUUCGCGGUUUCCGUCGUUCUUGUGGGGUCUGUUUUUCGUUGCAUGGGCCCUGCGUAAAUGCCGCCGCUGCGCAUUGGGCGGGGCGCGAUUUCGUCAGAGCGUCACCGUAUUCUACCGGUAGUUCGGGCGUAAGUGCCUUCCUUGGUCGGCCCCUCUAGUAUUCCCGUUUUUUCAUUUUGUCUAACCCUUCAGGAGUAGUGAAUUCUCUGCGAUUGGCGCAAUCGAAUUGGUUUUUUAGUCACUGUUCAAGCAUUUCCGUAAACCCCCGUCUCCGUUAGCGGCGAGAGGAACGACGUCCUCCGAGGGAUUCUGCCAGGGCGUAUGCAAAAGAGCCGGCGGCAAAUCUGGCUUAGUUUCCUGCGAGUGCGGCGAUGUCCCUGUGGUGCGCCGACCUCUUUGCCUGACGAGUCACCGUCUCCUAAAACACAAAAAUCCUUGUGAGAAGCAGAAUCCAGUGCCUAGGACCAACUUGGACGCACCAAAACGGCAUGAUGCUCCUGCGACUCCUUAUCCUUCUGCUCGCCGUCGCGGCGACGCACUGGGUAACUGGUAACGCUCUUUACGAAUCUGCGCUGGCACAGGAGUCUCCAGCGGUGCCGGUCAGAGCACUCGCCGCUGUUGAAGUGACGGAAGAGGUCAGCGAGUCUACACAGGACGAUGCGGACGAAGAGAGCGAACCGAUUUUCGAGGCUGCGACGUCUAGUAGUCGAAGUCGCGUUCAGGAAAGGACCCGGAAGAACCGCAAGGGCGCUAUCGCUUUAGCGUCGGUUCUCGCGGCAGUUUCCAUUCUCGCAUUCACUGCGACAACUCUGGGGUAUCAGAUGUUGUACGAGACCGAGUCCGAUGCCGAAACUGAAGCGUCCACGACUGCCGCUGCGGGGGCUUCGGCUGCCACCACGAAAAAGACCCGUGAGGCACCCACUGAGGUCGACGACGACGCGAGACGCGCUCGGCUCUUAAAGAAGCGGUUAAUCCUCACAGGUGCUGCUAUCACUGCUGCCGCCCUCCUGGUCGCGUAUCAGCGGCUCGGCGCUCGCGACACGUUGACUGACGAUUUCUCCGGUACUGGGAAACAGGGGGAACUGCUUGCGUCGUUCACAUCUCCGGGAGGUCCGGGUACGCCCGAGUCGGGUGUCGAUAUGUCCGGGUCUCAAACUGUCGGCCCGCUCGCUGACACCCGUGUGGCGGAGCACUGGCAGAAUGUCGUGUUGCACGCUCUCCAAGAGGUUAAAAAGCUGCGUAACGCUGCAGCUCUGGUGGCUGGCUUGAGUGUAGUGUUUUACGGCCUGCGUCGGCUCGCCAGGGGCGACCAGAGACCGAGGAACGAGAAUGAGAUCCAGAGCCUACUUCAGCAGUUGGAAGUUGCCACUGGCGGCAUGCUGAUGGCCGGCAACAAACUCAACUACCUGAAGUUGGUGGAUGUAGCUGGGGUGGUAAGGGAUGCUGCAGAGGAAGCAGGAGAGGAUCUUUUGAGGUAUGUCGUCGACCAAGAGAUUGAAGAAGCCGAGCGACGGGUCAGGGAAGUCGUUGAUUUAUGGAAGAAGGACGCUGAGAAAGAUGCAACUGCAUUCUUCAGCAAACUCACCGAGCUUGAGGCAAAAUUAUCCACGUAUAGGGUGCAGGCAGCAGAGCUUGAAGCAGCGCGUAAACCAGCUGAAGAGAUACUGGUCGCAACGGCGGAGACCCUACAGACAACUCUGAAGGAGGCGGCAGGUCAUGCGAGUGAGAACCUGGGACUCGCCCUCAGCUCUGUCCACUCUGCUGUGCGAAGUGGCUUACCCGUGACUUCUCAAGAUGCUGUCCGUAUUCUUGAGAGUAAGUCGAUAUUGGCUCUCGUGGGAGGUGUUUUGGAGGACAUGAAAUCUAUGGUCGAGCAACUGGGAAGCGAUGUCAAGCCAAAGGCAGACGCCCAUCCGCGGACUUUACCGCUGCCAGCAGAACAGCUCAUAGACCCCAGCAGCUUGACAAAGGCAGCUCUCGAACAGCCCUUGGCGAGGGAGUUUGAGUACGAGGGGCCUGGAGAGCCGCAGGAGAGCACACUCCCGUUGCAGCAUGGGGUCGAGCAGCUUCCAAUGCCCGAGGGGCAUCCCCCGCCGCUGUCUCAAGAAGAGGAAUAUGGACCUCCACCGCAGCAGCCAGAAAUAGAGUAUCAGCCGCAGCCUGGACUGUUCGAAGACGGCGCCUACUUCUUUGAAGAUGGUGGCGAACAGCCUGCAACGCCCGAGCAGCAGUCCCCGCCACAGCCUCUGCAGGAGGAGAUGCAGGUGUCUGAGGAAGGAGAAUCCCCAGAGGUACCGCAGCAGGCGACGCCAACGGCUCCGGAGGCGACGGAAGAAGGAUUGCCGGGGGACGCCACAUUCUCUGAUGAGGAGGAGGAGCUUGAGUUGCCUGAGGAGCACCCCGUACCACAGCCUGGGCAAGGACUCAUGCAGGUGUCUGAGGAAGGAGAAUCCCCAGAGGUACCGCAGCAGGCGACGCCAACGGCUCCGGAGGCGACGGAAGAAGGAUUGCCGGGGGACGCCACAUUCUCUGAUGAGGAGGAGGAGCUUGAGUUGCCUGAGGAGCACCCCGUACCACAGCCUGGGCAAGGACUCAUGCAGGUGUCUGAGGAAGGAGAAUCCCCAGAGGUACCGCAGCAGGGGACGCCAACGGCUCCGGAGGCGACGGAAGAAGGAUUGCCGGGGGACGCCACAUUCUCUGAUGAGGAGGAGGAGCCUCCAACGCCCGAGCAGCAGCCCGCGGUACAGUCUCUGCAGGAGGAGAUGCAGGUGUCUGAGGAAGGAGAAUCCACAGAGGUACCGCAGCAGGGGACGCCAACGGCUCCGGAGGCGACAGAAGAAGGAUUGCCGGGGGACGCCACAUUCUCUGAUGAGGAGGACGAGCUUGAGUCGCCUGAGGAGCACCCCGUACCACAGCCUGGGCAAGGACUCAUGCAGGUGUCGGAGGAAGGAGAAUCCCCAGAGGUACCGCAGCAGGGGACGCCAACGGCUCCGGAGGCGACGGAAGAAGGAUUGCCGGGGGACGCCACAUUCUCUGAUGAGGAGGAGGAGCCUCCAACGCCCGAGCAGCAGCCCGCGGUACAGUCUCUGCAGGAGGAGAUGCAGGUGUCUGAGGAAGGAGAAUCCCCAGAGGUACCGCAGCAGGCGACGCCAACGGCUCCGGAGGCGACGGCAGAAGGAUUGCCGGGGGACGCCACAUUCUCUGAUGAGGAGGAGGAGCUUGAGUUGCCUGAGGAGCACCCCGUACCACAGCCUGGGCAAGGACUCAUGCAGGUGUCUGAGGAAGGAGAAUCCCCAGAGGUACCGCAGCAGGGGACGCGAACGCCUCCGGAGGCGACGGCAGAAGGAUUGCCGGGGGACGCCACAUUCUCUGAUGAGGAGGAGGAGCCUCCAACGCCCGAGCAGCAGCCCGCGGUACAGUCUCUGCAGGAGGAGAUGCAGGUGUCUGAGGAAGGAGAAUCCCCAGAGGUACCGCAGCAGGGGACGCCAACGGCUCCGGAGGCGACGGCAGAAGGAUUGCCGGGGGACGCCACAUUCUCUGAUGAGGAGGAGGAGCCUCCAACGCCCGAGCAGCAGCCCGCGGUACAGUCUCUGCAGGAGGAGAUGCAGGUGUCUGAGGAAGGAGAAUCCCCAGAGGUACCGCAGCAGGGGACGCCAACGGCUCCGGAGGCGACGGCAGAAGGAUUGCCGGGGGACGCCACAUUCUCUGAUGAGGAGGAGGAGCCUCCAACGCCCGAGCAGCAGCCCGCGGUACAGUCUCUGCAGGAGGAGAUGCAGGUGUCUGAGGAAGGAGAAUCCCCAGAGGUACCGCAGCAGGGGACGCCAACGGCUCCGGAGGCGACGGAAGAAGGAUUGCCGGGGGACGCCACAUUCUCUGAUGAGGAGGAGGAGCCUCCAACGCCCGAGCAGCAGCCCGCGGUACAGUCUCUGCAGGAGGAGAUGCAGGCGUCUGAGGAAGAAGCCAAAGUGGUAGCGCAGCCAGUUAGCCCACCGGCUGACGAGGAGGAGGAUGAGUGGGGUGACGAUGCAUUCUAGGCUGAGGGUGGAGAGGUGCAGCCCGCGUGUCACGCCGACACAGCGUGCGCGACAGUAUCAGCAAGGUACGGAGACGUCUGCUGAGUGGGAAGGUAGCGAAUCCUCCGGCGACCAACGAACCUGAAAACUAAAGGGAUUGUGCGAUGGUGAGGGAUUCAUGAUAGAUCAGAGCAAUCGGAAUUGGGGGUGUAGGCCUCCGCGGUACCGUAAUGUACCGGUGAGCUGGAGACUGCGCGAUGGGGAGAACUUCACCGAGGGAAUGGAUUGCGUUCGGCAUCCUGCUUCGCCGGAGAGACUGGUGGGGAAUUGCCCUGAGCGUCCGUAGACCCAGAUGUGGAGGAUGAACACGUAAACAACAGACGACAUUCCGAAACAGCUGGAAAUGGCAUAUCUAGUUCUUUGCGUCGCCUACUUAAAAGAAAAAAUUCCUGCAUUAAGACGGUGAAACGAAUCUCGGUGGAGAACCCAUGCUUCUCAUCUGAGGGAAGACAAGAAACAACAGACAGAAACGCCAUCGUCGGGUCGUUGCAGUGAUAUUGGCAAAGAGGAUGCUGGUCGGCCGGUAAUCCGGCAACGCGUAACUGGUGUUCGGUCACGACUAAACAUGCACUGGUCUCGGUGAGGCCGAUGACGGAAGCAGUCUGUCGCUAAUCCCUUUCACUGAUGUGUUGGGUAUGGGGUGCUGAUUGACUCUUAAUGCCAACAGUAUGAAAUGCUACAGAAAAGCCGAGCCUGUCAAGAGGACGGCCGCCUAGUUGUCGCCUUGAAAGAUGCAAAUUUUGAGGGUGGAGUCCCACAGAGGAUGCAUCCUCAUCGACGUUGUUUCCCUCUUGCGUUACGAAGGCCCGUUAGUAACUUCCAUGGGCAGAAGCAUUGCUGAUUUUUGUUGCGGAUGCAAGGAUUCAGUGGCAGUGUCCACCGUAAGACGAACACAUACUGAUUCGGAAAGGUUAUACGUCAUCCGCAAAGUUGAGGCGGUGCAACUGGAGAGCACAAAGCGCCUUCGGUUUGCUUGCUGUAAAAGCUAAGUGACGCAGCUCUUCAACCUAGUGUUACUGCGUAGAUACCCGGUCUCACAGUCAUACCGGAUCCACUUACACGAACCACUGGUGUGACAGUCAUGUUGGGUAUCAUAUGUGCCAUCACUCUUGUGUGCGGAGAUGAAGGAGUGGUCAUCUUUCGUUCAUGCUUGAGGUGGGGUCAGUGAUGGAUCUCCCCCGCAGAUAACUGCGACGCUUUGAGACGUGAGCAACAUCAAGUCAAGACCUCUGGUCUGGUGAAACGGCUCUACGUGCGUUUGUACUCAAUCCCACUGGAGCAGGUCGGACAUGUGUCAUUCGGGACUGUGUUCGUAUGCUGUAAGAGGCAUACUACGUGGAGGCUGUAGGAACCGCGUACGUUGAUCCAUCGAGAGGCUAGCGGUUAUCUGUGAAUUUAAAGUACCCAUGAGCAGACGAGUGUGACAUAUUAAGCGAUCUCCAGUUCCAUUAAUUGAGCAAAGAGAGCCCCAUGUGCAUGUCGCAAAUCAACAGCAAGCGACCUGUGAAUGGAUGGCUUUUUGUACGCGUUUGCGUUGAAACUGAACAGAUUGACGCACUUCACUGACAGUUCUGUCUACUGGUCGUGGAGAGGCUACAGUUGUGAGACACGUGAAUGCGGGACGCACACAACUUCAGCGGUGCUUCGCUAGACCAUCACGUUUUUCGAUGCUGGAUACUGUGACAGC